AAACGUCGUAUUCCUCGAACAGAAUAUAGGUUCAAGUCCCUCUGCAUCCCCAGAAAUCAUAAGCACAGAUGACAGUCCAGUCCGCGACGAGGAAAUGAGAGGCAAUGAGGUAGAGGAGAUUUCUUGUACUCAUGAAGAGGAUGUUUACUCUUCUGCAGAUCAGUUGUUCGAGGGCUAUGGCAACAAUGCAACGGACCCGAUAUAUCCUGGAAACAGCCACUCAAGUUCAGGAGAGGUCGACAUGAAAAUUGAGGGUGACGCCCAAGCAGAUGUGACAACCAAUUUUUUGAGUGAGAAAAUCUUUAGACCAAAUGAAACAAGAAAAAUAUACCUGGUGCAACCAGCAGACGUCGCAAGCAGACGUUCGUCAUUUGGAUGUGAUCGCACUGAAUCACCAAAUGAAAAUGAGAGUUCUUAUGAUACAGAUGCCAAUUUGGAGAGAAAAGAUGCUCCUGAUCGAAGACCUGUAGCCAAUCCAGCUACAUUCUUGCUAUCUGACUUGGAAGAAAAGUCUGAAACUGGACAAUUAUAUGAACACUAUACAAACUAUUCAGCCAUGCAGGUUCUUGACAAGCAAUGCCAAGUAGAACUCUUACAGGAAAAUUUCCGGAAGUAUGAAUCAAGGGAAAGCCAGACCUCCUUUUUGAACGGUGCUACAAAUAAGGAAUGUCAAACUAAUAUGGUCAGUGACUUACCUAAUCUAAGAGGAACAUUGCAAAACCAAAGUAUCGAAUGUCAAACGGAGGUACCUACAAAUUGUUGCGUCAAGUGCGGAGGCAUAGUUCAAUCAUUCGACUUCCAAGAUAAGCUAUCUAUGGAAUGCCGAUACACUAACAGAGAAUCUCGUACCAUUUCCGAAGAUGGAAAUAUUUCAACGUCAACAAAACAAUGUCAGACAAGUCCAUCAAGUGAAGAUCUUUCACAAUUACUGUUUCAUCAAAGUAGUGCCACGAUUAUCGGAAGUAAAGCAGUUAGAGAAAUUUCCUUUGAAAGCAAGGGAUGUCAGACAUCUGAGAAGUGCCUUUUGUUAUCCACUAGUGGAGCAGAGGUCUUUCAGGUGUUACGAUCACAUCAUCAGGUUGACGUUUCGGACAAAGAAAUGCAAACAUCAUCCGAUGUUGUGCUCGUAUCAUCAUCAGCCCAGUGCGACAUACUUCCCUUCACUUGUGUUGGUGAAUUAGCUGCACGAGUAAACGAGACAUCACGGCUUGUUUCCUUCGCUACAAAAGAGUGUCAAACAGUGCAUGACCUUGAACUUCUAUUGGCGACGUCCAAACAUUGUCAGACUUUUUCUUUCGAAACUACAAGCGCUGGGAACGAAAGUAAACCAACAAUCGUCAGCAAAGGAUGUCAAACUCUCCCCGUCGGUCGAACCGAGUCAAAGGAAUGCCAGACAAUGGACGAAAUAGCAUUGGACAUUGCUGAUGUUACCAGAAGCUCUAAAGGUGAUCAAAGCAUCAGUCAUACCAGCGUAGAGUGCCAAACAAUUUCUGACUCAAUCACUGAGCUUUAUCAUCCAUUAUGGGACCGUUCUGAGACGAUGAAAGUGGUUGGUGAUGAGCCGAGAAACAAGUCUUCUGACCCUCUUAAUCGAAAUGAGCUUACUAUAAGUUGUGAAAACAAAGGAAGUCAAACAAAGCCUGAGAGAGUUAUCCUCCUUACAUCUUCAAAACUCUGCCAGACGACAACUUUAGACACAGCUGUGGCCUGUGAGAAUAAAGAAAGCCAGACGCAAUUGGAUGACGAAAUCCUCUUAAUUUUGUCAAAAGCAUGCCAAACGACACCAUUUGGUUUGGACGAUACGGAUUCGAAGUCUUCCAUUGAUGGGCCAAUUGGUUCUCAAGACUUUGAAUUAUCUCUUGCUGCAAGCAGUGAACCGCAAUUAGAGAUCUCCAGUCCGUCAAAUCAGAUGGCAUCCCGCCAUCGUCCAGCCACUUAUGGCAAGAGCCCCGACACUACCGAGGAAUCCUUUAUGGAAUUUCAAUUGUUCCAUGGAAUGGACGAAACAGACCUUUGCAAAAGUAAAGCUGUGGAACCACUUUCGCCAGUAGGCUCUUCUGUAGUUGUAGAUUUCUCAGACAAAGGCUGUCAAGCCAUGUUGUGUGAUUGUGGAAAUUGCGCUGAACAACAUCCGCUCGUGAGCAAUUCUACUGAAGUGUCAAGUGAUCUUGAGAGAGGGGCGGCUAUGCGAGUGUCAGAAGGUAUGCAAAAGGAACAAGCAAGUCUCAUCAAGCAGCUGGAUAUGCUCAGGGAUAUGAAUCAGAAGCUCAGAGAUGACAAGGAUGCAAUCGAGGCUGCACAUCAAGCGAUGCUAAUGGCUAAAAAGGAAAGAGGAUAUGGCAGUCUCAGUGAUGAGAUUGAAGAAGCCGAGAAAAAGACCAAAGUUUCACGGCAAGGUUCCCAGAUGUCCAAGUAUGUGAGAAAGAGACGUACCCCAGGUGCGGAGGACACAUGGGGGAACCAAGGCUCCGUGGGAUCGUUAAGUGAAGAGGAAGUAGACGGACCUAAUAGUGACUCCGCACGACCUCCCGCCAGAAGGCGAUCUAAACGACGCGAUAUGAAGAAACAGGGCUCUGUUUUGCAUUCGUAUUUCCCAAAUACAGGUUCUGGUAGUCAAAGCUCUGUGUCCCUCCCCGACUCCAUACGAGAAGAGGCUGAAUUUGACGGAGACCCAACCCUUGAACUCAUCUCUGAUGAAAAGCUGAAAGAGGACGAGAGGCCAGCUUGGGCCCAAAAGAUACUGUCUUGCGUGCAACCUAAAGAACUUGUCGAAGAAGAGAGAGAAGAUUCACAAAUGAGGGCAAGCGACGAAGAACUCGAAGAGGACGUGUUCAGAACAAGAAAAACUGAGUUGAUAUCUGGGGCUGCCACUAACAAGAUAAAGAAAGGCAAAGAUGACUCUGACAUGUCUUAUUCUGAGGGAAUGAGCGGGGAAACUGGCAGUGAGACAGACGACAGACCAAACUCCCCGCGCGCUGCGCCUGUCGGAAAGGACAAUGAAAUGAGUCGAGUAGGAUCACAGGACAUGAGUGAAGCGGGUGUAUCAGCUGUUAGUGAACAUGCCACACCAGAGAGAGUGUUCAAAGUGGUGUUUGUUGGCGACUCUGGUGUAGGAAAGUCGAGUUUUAUCCACCGGUUUUGCCAUGACGCUUGGAGACCUUCAUUCACUGCAACAAUAGGGGUCGACUUCCAAAUCAAAACGAUGAAUAUAGAUGGCAGAUGUAUCGCACUGCAGCUCUGGGACACUGCAGGCCAGGAGAGAUUUCGAAGCAUCACAAAACAAUACUUCAGGAAGGCAGACGGAGUGAUUGUGUUUUAUGACAUAACCAUGGAAACGUCGUUUCUGAAUAUCAAAAACUGGAUGAUAAGCGUGGAGGAAGGAACGGAUGACGGCACAGCAAUCAUGAUUGUUGGUAACAAGAUUGAUCUGGUAGAGGAUGACACCCACCGAGCAGUGCAGAGUCAGGAAGGAAAGAAGUUAGCUGAGGAAUAUAAAGCCUUGUAUUCUGAGACAAGCGCUAAAACGGGGUAUAAUAUCCCAGAAUCCAUGGCGGAAUUUUCCAAAAUGCUGCAAGUAAGGGAAGACGAAUUAAUGCAGAGUGUUUUGAAUCUCGUGGAAGAAAAACCUGGGAAAAAGAAAUGCUGUAAAUAAUAGUUCUUGGUGUCGUGUCGUCAGGUAUAAGGACCUUCGAUUCUUACUAAGAUCAGACUCCAUCCAUGAUGAAGUCAAAUCCUUGUCCCUUGCUGGAAUGUACAAACGAUGAUCACCUGACUAUUUCUCAGUCGCAGUUGGGGAACAUGACCCAAUUGGAACCAAGUUCAGUAUUGGUAGAGCCUCGGCGAAGACAAUUGACUGGUGCUGAAAGCCGUUGUGAAUCGCUAUGAGAAGCCAAAGUACUUGAUUGGAUGCCAAAUGCCAGACCAAUGAUCGUUUUGCCUCCUUUCAGGGACAAUUUCUACGCAUGUUAGCUCUUCGUCCCGCCACACUUUCGUGAUGUACAAAACGAUAAAAAUGUGACCAUCUCCAUUACGGAAACCAAGGGAAAAAAAUGUCCAAAUUUGGUAUCAAACCACGACAAAAGACUAAUGUUUUAUUUAUCUAAUAAGUAUUAUAAUUAUUUAUAGUGUAACUUAAAAUAAGCAAUAGUAUAGAUAUCGACUAGAACAAAUUGAGGAGGUAAUAGCGUUGUACGUUUAUAUUUGUAAAGACGAAUGUUGAAAACGUUUCGUUUGUUGAUUGUUCAUGACGAUCUUAUUUUGUUAGGGUCUUAGACCCCAAAAAUAAAUUUCUGUCUACAAGUGCUGGAUAAGCCCGCAAGGGGCUAUAACCAAAGAAAGUGAUAGUGAAUUAUUGUGCAAAUCAAGUUGUCAUGGAGGAAAGUCGAGUUUAUUUAUGUUUAAUUUAUGUUUUUAAUUAUCUUUUCAUUAGAGAGCUUUUCAAGUAAGUGUUAUGAAAGCAAAACCAAAGCAACCUCAACAGCCAAUCAGAAGCAAGGAACAUACUUUCAAGAGCCAAUGAGAGUUCAAAUUAGAAUUGCACAGUUAAAUAAAAUCUCGCAUUCUGAUUGGUUAAUGAAGCGAAGAAUUAGCAUAGAAUUACAAGGUGAAAAUGAAGCUAAGUUGUACUUUUUUUCACAUCUUUAUAGACAUAACUAUAGUCGAAUUAGAGCAGUACAACUGCAAAAGUUUUUCUACAAUGGCAUUUGAAAACGUUUUCUUUGUUUUCUAGCACUUGAGUUUGUUUGCAAGUAUAGAGCUGUUAUGUAUCCGAUAAAUUAGCAAAGUUGUACAGAUUUUUGGCUGUGCAUUGUCUUAUUUGAGAAAUUUCAGGACAUAUUUGCAAGGGGGAAAUGUAAAUCAUAAUAUUAUUUAAACCUCAGUUUAAGAGCAAUUUUUUUCUAUAGGAGAGUUGAAUGAGGUGAGGCUGGUUUUGGGGGAAAAUAGAAUUCAGUUUAGUUGGUUUGAACUGAAAAACUUUGAAAUGAGAGAUAAAUUGUCAUAUUUUCUAGCGUUGCGUUCUGUAGAUAUAAAUUAUUCCGCGGGGGUGUAUCUUCGAUAAGGAACAUCAGUAAGAUCACAAUAAAGAAGUAUUUUAAAUUAAAGUC